AUUUUGGUUUUGCACAAGUCUGUCUAGUUUCUCCAGAAUGAUGAUAGCCGGUGGCCAUGACCUCUCUACAUUACAGAAGUGCUUCGGCCACGGACCGACGUAGCACACAGCCGUUGAAUGGGCCUUCGCGCGUCAAUUCAGCCAGGACCCGAGAGUACGAAAGAGCCUCAGCGCGAGUCAGCGACUCGCCAGUCUUCCCCGACGGCUACAGUGAUACGCCUGACGGACACAAACACACAAAAAGUGAGAACAGAUUCAGCGGACUGGACCGGCGGAAAGAGAAGUCUACAGUGACAACAACCGAGACCCUGAUAACCAGAAUAAGCCCCAGGAAGGCGACCACGACGAAUGAAAACAGAUAUGCCGAUAAUAGUCGUCGCCGAAGUACUGGCAGUCCCAUUCAGAAGCGGGCAAACAAGGAGGAGAAUAUACCACCGUGGAAUCCUACCGUAUCGUUAAUACCUCACUCCUCUGCGCCUCUUGCGACACGAAUCACAGCACCACCACUAUCACGACAUGCGCCGCCAGAGCUUGAUCCGGUCGCGCUGGGGGGUAUGACCAUGCAAGAGCAGGAAAAGGCAAUAUUGGAUGAUCUGCUAUAUGUGUUUAUGGGUUUCGAAGGACAGUAUAUCAGAUUUCGCGAUAGCUACGACCCGGCUGAAGAGAAGGAGCGGCUUAAUGGCCCCUCUUUUGUUCCUUUGCCGGGCCUUGAUCCCAGUCUCAAGGAUCUCACGACUUCCAUGUUGUCUAUGGCUACUCAUCAUUGUGCAAUCGAGGCAUUCAUCGAAGUUCAAAGCCGGGAGGAGUUCGGUUCUGUCAACCAUGCUCUCUGUGCGGCAAUCCGCAAGCUUCUGAAAGACUAUCUCAUCCUAGUGGCACAGCUGGAACUGAAAGUCCUGACCGAUGCCGACUUCACGCUCCAUCAGAUGCACAUUGCCAUUAUCCCGACCGCUCAAUGUCUGGCUCAAUUGUACUCUCUCGCUCAGGAGCUGUUGAAGAAGAACUCCCUUUUGGAAGAGGACAUCGACGACUCGAUGGAUGAUUUUGACGCCGAUAAUAUUAUCGAACGUCUCAAAGAAGGCGGCGAUCUACUCCCAGGCAGUCUCAGCAAGAAGCGGUGUAUUGGUGGUAAUGUCUUAGGCUUGUUGUCACACCGGCUGUCAACGUUCUCUGGAGAUCCUGCGGCAAGAGCGAUACUGGAGAUGCUCUUGCAAGAGUCUGGCAGGCCGUACAUGGUAAUGCUCAAUGAAUGGCUGCACCGUGGCGGUAUUAAUGACCCUCAUUCGGAAUUUUUGAUUGGAGAAAGAGCCAGCAUCAAACGCGAGCGAUUAGAUGAGGACUACACGGAUGAAUACUGGGAGAAACGCUAUUACAUUCGUGACAAGGAGGUCCCUCCACAGCUUGAGUCAUUGAAAGAAAAGGUUCUUUUGGCUGGGAAAUAUCUCAAUGUUGUGCGCGAAUGUGGUGGUGUGAACAUUAGCAGCAAAAUCGUCGAUACUCCUGCGACGUUCGACGAUCCUCGCUUCCUCGACAAUGUCAACAACGCGUACUCGUUCGCGAACAAAGAGUUGCUCCAUCUACUACUCACGAAAAAUUCUCUCCGAAGCCGCCUGAGAUCCUUGAAGCAUUAUUUCUUCCUUGACAGAGCCGAAUUCUUUCUUUACUUCCUCGAAUUGAGCGACUCGGAGCUCAGGAAGAAGCAUCGGGAUGUGAAUGUAGGCAAGCUGCAAUCUCUACUGGAUCUCGUGCUGCAUCAGCCUGGUAGUAUCGCAGUGGCAGACCCCUUCAAAGAGGAUGUCAAAAUCAGAAUGAACUCCAUUGGCCUGACUCAAUGGCUGAUCAAAGUAGUCAACGUCCAAGGCAUUGAUCAGGAUAACCCAGAAUCGAUAAUGGACCAGUACAAAACACCCGCUCAAGGCUCUUCCGCAGACAAGCAGGGAAAGGACAGGAAAGAGGAGGAUAAAGACAUCAUUGGAUUCGACGCCCUCGAACUCGACUAUACAGUGCCUUUCCCACUAUCGCUGAUUAUUAGCCGGAAAACUGUCAUGCGAUAUCAACUUAUCUUCCGGUAUAUCUUGGCCCUUCGACAUCUUGAAACUCAGCUGGUAGGAUGUUGGGCGACCCAUACCAAAGAAAAAGCGUGGAUACAUAAGUCAUCGGACAAGCGGUUCGAGCUGUGGAAGCGACGAGUGUGGACAUUACGCUCUCGGAUGCUCGUGUUCGUACAGCAGAUGCUUUUCUUUGCAACAGCGGAAGUCAUUGAGCCGAAUUGGCAGAAGCUCAUGGUCAAGGUGGAUGACGCCGAGCGUGAUGACAUCGAGGAGACGAAAUCGGGACUCAACAACAAGUCGAAGCCAACCGUGGACGAAUUGAUGCAAGACCACGUCGACAUGCUGGAUUCGUGCAUGAAGGAUCUCGGGCUUACCCAAGCUAAGCUGCUCAAACUGCACGCUAAGCUGAUGACUGGCUGUGGCAUGUUUGCGUCCUAUGUCGAGUACAUUACUAAAUCCAUCUACGAAGCCGACACCAGCAUACAGAGUAAGUCUGGGAAAGGUGCAACCGUGCCAGCAACAACGGAUCCCGCCCGAAUGAAGAGGAUUGAAGAGUCAAUAAAGAAAUACGAAGAGCACUUCAACCGACAUUUGAAGAUCCUCAUUGAUGCUCUGAACUGGUUCGCAACCACGGAGACAGUGUCAUUGCUCAGUCUUUGUGGACGACUGACAAAUGCUGAGGUGCAGAAGAGGGAUGACUUGUUCAUCUAAGGGGCAUGUGAUUGUGUUUGAGGGCUGGCAAUCAGGUCUAUGGCAGGGCGUAAUCUGUGCCUGGGAGAUUCACUGAUCUUAUCGCCUCUUUGUUGGCUACGGAGGCAUGACUUUGAUGAUGUGUAUGAAUAGAUCAUGAAAAUUCACACGAUUUUGAUCUUGACAAUAGUCAAUUGAUUAAA